UAAAAUGGUCGUCCAAGACGCUGAAAAAACGGAAACCAAAAGUCCUUGCGAAUCUUGCCAGGAUGGUGUGUCAGCUUUCAGCUCGUUCUUUGUGAAUGCACUGGAGUCUGCGUUCCAUUCCUAUGGCCUCGUUGUUGGAAAAUACCCUUUGGUCUUUAUCCUCCUCUGCCUUGUUUUCACGGGCGUCUGUUCCAUUGGUCUAAUCAACUUCGGCUCAGAUGACUCGGAAGUCCAAUUCAUGUCGGAUAAAUCACUCUUCAAGGAGGCCGCGGACUGGACGAAAGAGAACUUUCCAUACAAAACUCACCAACAAAUCAUCAUUUUCGAGUCAGAAAAUGUGCUAGAUAAACGUGUGCUCUUGGAAAUGCUCCGCAUAAGAAAUGAAGUUCUGAACAUGGCUGUUGAUGAUAUUACCUGGGACAGUCUUUGUGCAAAAAUGCCCAUUCGCAAGCCAUGUAGUGAGAACUUGCCUUCUAAGUUUAACAAUUACUGUGAAAUGCAGGCUUCUACGGAAAGAGUAUGCCAGGAAGAGAGUAUAUUAGGACUUUGGAACUAUGACGAAGAAUUACUGAGUAGUCGUUCCCAAAGGCAAAUUAUUGAGGAUAUUAACAGAAACCCUGAAACUUUUGCAAGAGCCUCAUACUUUUUGGGAAGUAAGAAUGCCAAGUACGGAGACCUGACAAAAGCAAAAGCGACUACUCAUACCUGGUACACUGACGCCUCAAAAAUGCAGAGGCAGAACAGUUUAAAGUGGGAAGGGGGUUUUGUAGAAAUGAUGAACAAUUUCUCAGCGAAUAAAAAAAAUGUAUCUUUGUAUUUUGCCGCAACAUCUAGCUCUGGCAAAGUUGUGUCAGAUGACAUCAUUGGUGAUGUAAGAUACCUUUUUGCCGGGUAUUUUCUUGUAUUUCUCUACGUGACAGUAAUGCUUGGCAAAUUCAACCUUGUAGAGCAAAGACCUCUACUUUCACUUCUUGGUCUUUCAUCCGUAGGACUGUCCAUAGCAGUUUCUUACGGUUUGAGUUCAGCAUUUGGCAUACCAUUUGGCGCCAUGAAUUCCAUUUUGCCAUUUCUUUUACUUGGUUUAGGAGUCGACGAUAUGUUUGUGAUCAUAACAGCAUGGAACAACAUCCCAAAAAUGUAUCAAAAUAAAGAACUUUGCGAGCGCAUUGGAAUGACAAUGCAGCAUGCAGGUGUAUCGAUUACUGUGACUUCUGCCACAAAUUUUUUGGCCUUUAUUAUCGGUAGUUCUAGUGACCUGCCUGCUUUAAGAUAUGUUUGCCUGUAUGCGGCUAUAGGUAUAGCUGCUGUCUACAUCUUCCAAGCAACAUUUUUCGUUGCAUGUCUAGUUUUUGAUCAAAGAAGAUUAGAAGACAAUAGACAAGGACUUCUGUGGUGUUGGAAAAUUAAGAACUGGCAACCUAACCAAUGUAGUCAAAUUGAUCUGUGCAAGACGUUUUUCACAAAAAUUUAUGGAAACUAUCUCAUACGAGCACCCUCACAAAUAUUUGUUUUAUUCUUCACAGGCGUGUUGUUCUUUAUGUCUUGCUGGGGAGCUUCAAAAAUUCAACAAGAAUUUGAUCCAAAAUGGUUUAUGCCUCCUGACUCCUACUUGACCAAGUUCCUUCAAAAAAUGAAGUUUCAUUAUCCCACAUCAGGGGAACCUGGGCUGAUAUACUUCAGUAAUAUAAGUCACAUAGAGUUGGCAAAAACGGCUGAAUUAGUAACGAAGAUGAGGGAAAGCAAUUACAUUGAUCGAGUAGAAAGUUGGCAUGAAAACUUUUCAAGCUACGUCUUUAAAUUGCAUGGUGAUGUACCCUUAAUCAAUCAAACGGAGAGUGAAUUUUUUGGAAAUCUUACCAACUUUCUGUACUCUUGUGAGGGCUCAAGAUACCGUAGCAACUUUCGUUUUGAUAGACCAAUAAACUGUACAGGUGGGCUGCCAGACAUUGUAGGUUCAACCAUCAGUUACGUCCACAGGGAAAUUCAAACGACAAACGAUAAAAUGAAAGCUAUAGAGAAUAUAACAUCCAUCGUCAACAAUCUGGAGUUUGAUGGGUUCGUCUUCCCCUUCACUCAAAUAUAUAUAACGUGGGAAACAAAUUAUGUCAUUGGAAAAGAACUGCUGCACAACAUGCUCCUUGCUCUGCUGAUGAUAUUCCUGGUGACUCUGUUUCUCCUUGUCAAUCUGCCUGCAAGCUUCUUGGUCAUGGUGUGUGUUUUUGCAACGUUAGUAGAUGUGGUAGCUCUCAUGCACUGGUGGGGAUUGACAAUUAAUACAUUAUCUGCCAUUGAUCUAGUUUUAGCCGUUGGUCUCUCUGUGGAUUAUGCAGCACAUGUGACCUACACUUACCUGACACUGGAUGGUGAUAUGGAUGAGCGUGCUAUGGCUACUGUCGGCCUAAUUGGACCAGCAGUGCUGAAUGGAGGCUUUACCACAUUCCUGUCCUUUCUCCCACUGGCUGGCUCAGAUUCAUAUGUCUUUAUUACAUUCUUCAAGAUUUUUUUCGCCGUUUGUUUGUACGGUGUCUACCAUGGACUGGUAGUUUUGCCGGUUUUAUUAUCACUGGUUGGUCCGGCGCCUUACGCCACUGCACAGCAAGUGGCAACGCUGUCGUCACCUGCACACGAGAAUCAAGUGUUCCCAACCGCCGUGAGAACUGUGGAGCCGUUGCAACCUCUUCAGAAAACCCCACCACCGCCAACGAACCCAGCUGAGUCAAAUUCGUCAUCUCCACAUAAGGAUGCUUUAGUUAGCGACCCAGAUGCUGCACAGUCCCUUUCUUCUCAAACUGGCCAGGAUGAGUCUUCCUCUCCAACGAACGACCAGGAAGACGCUCCCUGUUCACUGACUGACGAACCUGAUGUCUCUUCAGCUCCCGUCGAUCGGCCUGACUCCUCAUCAUCGCCGACUGACCAGCUUGAGUUGCUCUCUUCUCCAGCCGACGAGACAGAUUCCCCCUCUCCUCCGACAGACGAACAGGAAUCAGCAGUCUCUACUCCAGCCGACCAACCUGAGCUCGGCUCUUCUACACCAGAUGACAGGGAGUUGUCUGGGAGUGCUCGCAGUAGAAUAUCGCGGACUUCGUCAACAGCAUCUGUGGCCCCUCACCUAGUCACAAGACCUUUUUUAGAAUAGCGGUAAAAAGAUUUUUACCUGGCUGGUUUUCUUAGAUGUUGCCGCUUGGCAUAUAGUAUAAUUAGAAGCCAGGUUUAUUUUUCUUAGCUUUUAUUACUUGUGAUAUUUCAUUACUGAAAUGGUAAGUGCAUUUGAUGCAUUAUAUUUUUCAUUUAUAGUCCAGGAAACACUGAAAUUUUGAUUUCACGUUUCUGACUGUAAACUCGACGAAAUUGUAAACUUGUAUAUUCCCAAGAUAUAUCAUUACAGUAUUUAUUUGCAGUAUUGUAAUACUUUAAGGAUCUCAGUAUAUAAUAAAUGAAGAAUAUCCAUAACUGACGUAGUAUACCACUAUACUCUGGGUUUUUUUUCCAUCUCUCCACCCGCCUGUGGUGUUUGCAUAUGGUAACACUGCGUUCCGGCUUUAGAUCGUUACGCUACGUGUAAGUUUUAAGUAAAUAAAAGGAUAUCUGGGUGUACAUUUGCAACUAAAAAGUGUUUUAAUAAUUACUGUAUGCGAACUAUACCGUUAAUAUUCGAAAUAGGAUAUUGUUAUUAUUGUUGAAUGUAAGCUAAACUACCUAAAGCCCGGGACGCAGUGUUACCAUACGCAAACACCACAGGCGGGUGGACAGAUGAAAAAAAAAAACUAGUAUAGUUACUCGGAACCUGGAGUAGUGACCAAAGACAAUGAGAAAGGAAAACAUUCUGCGAAGUACUGAGUACCUAAUUAAUCUAGUUUUUAUUUCAUAUUAAUUGUUUGUUAUCAAUAGUCGAUGGGAAAAAACGACUGCUUCAGCGUUGGUCAGAAAUGAUUUUUGGUAGGGAAACAAAUACGUGUCAAGACAUAAAUAUUAAGCUGACCUCACAUUAGACCAUUUUCUAUAUCCUACAAUGAUUUUAGGCAUCUCAUGAAGUACAUUUAUUUUAAUAAUAGCGUACUACAUACCAGCAUAACGACCUUGAUUUAAUUCACGGGCGAGGACAAAGCGGUUUGGAAUUGAUUUGUUAAACUCAUUAUCUAUGUUGAACUAGGAAUGAACUGUACCUGGUAUGAUCAGAAAUGGAAAGCCUUCCUAAACUA